AUGAAAAAGAAAAAACCGAAGAUCACAAAAAUACAACCGUUUGAGGUUUACGAACGUAUAACUGGCCUAAACAAUGACUUCCGAGGUCUAGCCGACGGGUCAAGUCAGUGUUUCCAUCCUCCCAGACAAGUUUGGUACCAAUUUAUCCGGACCCGGAGGGACGAAGGCUUGGUCAAAAGGAUGACUACGGAGGCUGAGGCUGAAAUGACCACGCGGAAGAAACGUGCACUAGCAGAUCGUGAGAAGAAGACGAAAGUGGUUGAAACAAAAACAGAGAACGAGAAUAAAUCUGAUAGAGAUAUCAAGCACGCACGAAAGAAGCGGGUUGCAGAUGAGUACGACUAUGAUUCAUCGGAUGAAGAGGAUCUCCGCAAUACAAUCGGGAAUAUCCCUGUCCAGUGGUACGACGAUGAAUCCCAUAUCGGUUAUGAUCAAAAGGGUGAGAAAAUUGCCAAGCCGAAGAAGAAAACCGAAAUUGAUACAUUCUUGGAGAAAAUGGAGGAUCCAGACUACUGGAGGAAAGUUUUCGAUCGUCAGUCUGGAACUGAUGUUGUGCUUACCGAUGAGCAGGUUGAGAAAUUGAGCAACAUAGCUUCUGGGAAGUAUCCAGUAGUGGGGUACAACCCAUAUGAGCCGUUCUUGGACAUAUUUUCAUCGCAGAAAUCUAUUCAUCCCAUCGAUAACAGACCAGAGCCAAAAGCCCGAUUCAUCCCUUCAAAGGACGAGAUGAAAAUUGUCAGUCGAAUGGUGCAUGCUAUCAAAAUGGGAUGGGCUAGAAAACCCAAGCCAAAAGAAGAGCAAAAAAUGUACGAUUUAUGGGCCGCUGAGGAUUCUUUGGAUCACAAAACGAAGUCCGAGUUAGCUAGAAUGCGAAUGCAUAUGCCUGCACCAAAGAUGCCUCUUCCCAUCCAUGCUGAAUCUUACAAUCCACCUGCAGAAUAUCUUUUCGAUGAGGGAGAAAGAAAGAAGUGGGAAGAAUCUGAACCCGAGGACCGACGGAUUUCAUUCAUUCCUCGGAAGUACGAUGCACUGAGAAAGGUGCCUCAAUAUGAUAAGUUUAUCACUGAACGAUUUGAACGUUGCCUUGACCUUUACCUCGCCCCUAGAAAAAUUAAAAUGAAGCUCCAAGUAGAUCCAUCGGAGUUGCUUCCAGACUUACCAAAUCCUAAUGAUCUCAGACCGUUCCCUACUACUUUAGCCUUCUAUAUGCGUGGGCAUGUUGGUCAAGUGCGAUCAAUAAGUGUAGAACCUGAUCUUGGUGAGUUACUCGUUUCUGGUGGAGAAGAUGGUACAGUUCGUUUCUGGAUGAUGGGAUCUGGACGAUGUAUAAAGACGUAUAAAGUGGCUGGACCGGUAACAUCCGUCGCUUUCUGCCCAGUUAAUAGCAAAUCAUUGGUUGCAGUUGCAUACGAGGGUAGACAGGUCGCCGUCUUCAAUACGAAUUGCGGGGACAAGUUGAUAUGUUCACAAACUGAUGAAUUCAUUCGUGAGGUUCCUGUAGAAGAAUCCGAAGGCAACAUCAAUUGGAGACGUGUGAAAGAUAGGAUAGUUCUAGAAAUGCCAAAUGAAGUUCGCAAAGUCGUCUGGCACAACAAAGGUGAUUAUUUCGCAUCUGUUGCUGUUGAUGAUAUUGCUACGUCUGUUUAUAUUCAUCAACUGAGUAGAGCCAGAUCGCAGUGUCCAUUUACUAAGCGGAAAGGAUAUGUACAAACUGUCGUUUUUCAUCCAACGCUUCCUAGAUUGUUUGUGGCCACGAAAAUUCAUGUCAGAGUUUACGAUUUGGGUCGUUGUCAGUUAGUCAAGAAGUGCAUCACCGGUAUCAAACACAUUAGUGUUAUUUUCCCGGAUGUUCAAGGAGAGAAUUUAUUUGUUGGGGGAUUGGACCGCAAGUUCGCUUGGCUGGAUUUACAACUGUCAAACAAACCAUGGAAAACCUUCAAACAUCAUAAAUCAGCUAUUAGAGGUGUUGCUUAUCACAAAAGAUAUCCACUGCUCGCAACAGUUUCGGAUGAUGGCACCGCGAUGGUGUAUUAUGCAAGGAUUCACGUGGAUCUGUUAAAAGACAACGAAAUUUAUCCAGUGAAAAGGCUGAGGGGUCACACGACGGUUAAUGGGCUCUGUAUGCUAGACACAGUGUGGCACCCAACACAGCCGUGGCUCAUUACGGCCGGUGCUGAUGGAACUAUAGCUUUGUUCAGUUACUAG